UUCUUGCCCAUAGGUGCUCAGUAAAUCAUAGCAACUAUUAUCAUCUUCUCAGUUCUGGGCUAAGAUGCUGUGGGAGCAUCACCAUAAUCUCAACAAGGAGAAGCUGAACUUUGCUUUCCAUAGCUUGGCCCCUGUUCCCCGAAGGGCUUGGAGUUGAUCCUGAUUCUUGCCCUGUCUCAUCCAGAUAUUUCCAUCCCCCCAUCUCUGCCCCCACCCCCCUCCAUCUCUUGAGAGUUCAGGCCACUGUUGGGACCAGGCGAGUCAGACCAGGAAAGUGUGUGUGAAUGACUGGGAGGAGAGUUCUCAUGGACGCUGGGGAUAUGUGAAGGCCCUGGGGAGUUGCUGUGACCCUGAGUCUCUUCCUAGAGCAGUGAGUGCUGGGGAGCGAAAAGAGCGACAUCAGCUGCUGGACAAAUUUCCAGUGCUGAAAAGCCCCUUUAGGACAGACACACAGGGAUGAGAGUCAUCUGGGGAAGGAAUAAAGGCCUGGGAUGGAGUGGGACUCUCCAUAGUGCAUCCAGAUCUUUCUCCACUUGCUUAGCAAGAAGGUACUUUCUUUUUUCUCCUAAUCAAGGGUCCCAUGAUUGAUGAGCACUCCUAAGCUUCAAUCUGGAGAGAGUUUCAGCUUAGCCAACCCCUUGGGGAACAGAUUAGAAGUACAAACCUUGGAGCCAGCCAGACCCAGGUUCAGAUCAUGACACAGCCAUGUAUAAGCCAUGGACCCUCGGAUAAGUCAUUUAGCCUCUUAGAAGCUCAGUUCCCUCGUCUAUGAACAAACUGCUACAUACUGCAUAGACUAGUUGAAAGGUCUGAAUGCAAAUACCUGGCACAGAAUGGGCGCUAAUGCUGGUCACUGUCAUCUCUGUAACCUGAGUGAACAUCAGCCCCACAGGCAGUAUAAAGAGCUCUGGAGAUGUGACGGAAGUCCCAGUUGUUUCAAACUCUUGAACAAAUCUCCUUGGUCCAGAAACAUCCUUGGAAGGAUCAAAACCAAUACCAGAGAGCUUGCCCCCCACAAUUGGGGCAUUUUAUUUAUAUCUCAUAUUGUUUAUAAGAGUAUUUGAGACAGUUUGACUUGGGGCAGAACCCAGGAUCUCUACCCAUACUCGUCUCUAUAUUCCCAUCUCAGUUCUCCACAUCAAGUCUGUCUCUGAUCCAGCCACUUAUGUCCGUGGGAAUUAAAAGGUUGAAUUUAGUUAAGGGCUCCCCUCCAUCUGGUCUUUUGUUACUUUCCAGUGCUUAGAGCUCCAGCCAGGAACUCAGCAGAUGGGGGGUUAAGACUAAUGCCCUGUCCUAUCUCCUCCCCUCUCCAUUCCUAACUUCAAAGUCUCCAUAAAGCCUGUCACUGCUUCCUUGACCCCAUAGUGGCAGCUCCAUCUUAGCUCUUGGCUGGUUCAAAACAGCAGACGCUGAGCCCUGGCCCGGCUGCUCGCACUCCACUUUCUAGCCAUCUCCUUGGGUAAGCACCAGCAUGCUGAGGACCUGAGGGGCCAACAGUCCUUGCUCCUCUAGGAGAGGGGCAACUAGGAAUAGAAGUUGCCUCAAGCAGGGAGUGUUUCGUGCUUAAAAGGCAGCCCACAGGCAGAAGCCUUGGUCUAAGGACCAGGACUCCGGGACUCUGUCUAGUUUGUGAUCAGAGCAGACAUUUACAGGGGUUAAAAAGUAAAGCAAUAGGGGUCACCAGCCCAGGGAUGGAAGCAAGGGUUGGCAAUUGUAAAGAAUCUGGCAAGAGAUGGACCUGGAAACAGGGUAACUGCUCAGGGACCAGAAUUUGUCCUGUUAGUAUUAGUGUCCAAAAUCUAUGCUAAAUUAUACACAAACCAACGUGCAAUCAUUUUAAUCUCUGGCUCUGGUGAUUCCGUAACCAGUGCUUUUAACACUGUCUGGGAUGGCUCUGGCUCCCUGGGGCCAGACACUGCUCUGUAGCUCCCUUAGGAGCAACCGUCACAGACUCAAGGCCAGUGGGAGUCCUAAGGCUCAAGGCCUGUUCCCCCCACCCUCAUCUGUGGAUUUUUCCAGCUGUUUUUCUUGGCCCAAGGAUCACACUCAUAGGGAUACAGAUGGAAGAGGGGGAAGCAGAGAAAACAGUGAAGUCAGAAUGAGCUGGGGAAGAGGCAAAUGUUAGGAAGAAGAGAUGGAGAAAUGGCGCUAGUGGUCCAGCCACCUGAGACAUCUUUUCAAGUAGCGGCUGUGUUGGGCAUGGUAAGAGAGGGUCUUAGCAGGCAACUCCCUCCUUUCCACUCCAGACUGAGGAGAAUCAGAGUUCUUAUUGCGGCAUGCCUCCUUCCAGGACUGGGCUGAAGCAUAGGAGCCCCAGCUGCUAACAUCUGGGGGCAGGAUCAUGUCUGCUAACAAAGGCUGGUGGGUACCACCCGAGGGCGAAGACAGCGUGUCUGAGAAGUUCCUGAGGAAGACCAGGGAGUCUCCGCUGGUGCCUAUAGGCUUAGGAGGCUGUCUGAUGGUGGCAGCAUACAGGAUUUACCGGCUGAAAGCUCGUGGUUCCACCAAGAUGUCCAUACACCUGAUUCACACCCGAGUGGCAGCGCAGGCCUGUGCUGUGGGUGCCAUCAUGCUGGGUGCUGUGUACACAAUGUAUAGAGACUACAUCAAGAGAACAGCACAGGAUGCCGGGGAGAAGUAGGAGUCCUAUAGGGUCUGGGGCAGUCAGACCCUCUUAAAUCAAUCCCUGGUACGCUCCUAAUAAAGUAGUUUUGAGGAAAA